AUGAGAGCCAUUCUUCCUUUUAGCCUCUUCGAGGUAUUGCUACUUAGUUCUUUUUGUCAAGCAAGUAUAUUUCUGGCACCGGAACAGGAUAUUCACCUUCCAUCAAGUUGGGUUUCCAUCAACCCACUUACUCUUUUGGGGGCCAAUAGUCCUUAUUUUACUGGGCCAAAUGUUUACGGCAUCAGCAAUCAAGUACCUGAUAACUGUUACGUAGAGCAAGUAGCGUAUAAUGUUAGACAUGGAAGUCGAUAUCCAGAUUCGGGGGCAUAUGCGCAAUGGACUGCCUUGUAUGCUGAGAUCCAAGCUGCGAAUUUUACUUCCACCGGUUCUUUAGCUUUCCUCAAAUCCUGGGAGCCAGUUUUGACAAUUCCGAAACUUCAGAUCGCUCAAGAAAGUCCCACCGGAUAUAAAGAAGCGUAUGAUCUCGGCUAUCAACUCCGGACUCGGUACCCAGAUCUUUACUCAUAUGGGCAGCCUUUCAUAAGCUGGGCUAACCUCUAUCCCCGUGUUGUUCAAACUGCUCAAAAUUUUGUGAGGGGGUUUCUUGGGCCUGCAGCAAGCAGUCUUGGUAUGGUAGUUACCAUCAACUCCACUGGAAGUGACGCGGCGCUGUUUGAUAGUUUGAGUCCGAGUGAUUUGUGUCCUGCAUUCGUGGAUGGUAACGGCGGUACAGAAUAUGUAACGUGGAACUCAAUAUAUCUUCCUCCCAUUCAGGCACGCCUCGAGUCAUUAAUCACGGGAAAUCUGAAAUUUUCAACCACGGAUAUCUCCAUCAUGCCUUAUCUUUGCGGGUUCGAAUCCCAAAUUACAGGUAAACUGUCCCCAUGGUGUGGUGUAUUUACGGAUGAGGAACUCAAAAAGUAUGAGUUUGCGCAGGAUCUCAGAUAUUACUAUGGGAUGGGGCCGGGUGAAGAUUUGCCCUCUAAAAUGAUGCUUCCAUAUCUAAAUGCCCUCGUUGGUAUCCUAGAACAAGGCCCGGUUAUCAACGGAACCUCGACCAAUGGGAGUAUAUUUACAUUGCCUAGUAUCCUCACUGCCUUUAUGAACGACGGACAGAUCGCAGAACUCGGAGCUGUAACUGGGGUAUGGGACAACACCACCUCUCUGGGUGAUGGUACUAAGAUUCCACGGGAGUACGAAUACAUCUCGAGUCACUUUGUUAGCAUGAGAGGGACAGUGGCGUUCGAACGAAUGAAUUGUGCUAUAUCCGAAAAUGCAACUUCCACCAGCUUUGCAAGCUCAGCACCAAAUUCAUACAGAAAAACAACCUUGUCGAGCACCUCAACCAACGCAACAUAUAUCCGUAUACUCCUCAAUGACGUUGUAUACCCAGUACAUUCAUGUCAAUCUGGACCUGGCUCUAGUUGUCUCCUUAGCGACUACUCCGCACUGAUCAAGGGUAAGGUUGACAAAGCGGGAAAUCUUCCCACUCGAUGCAAUGUUACAGUUUCUGGUGCGCCGACGAAAGUUAAGGGAGCUAGCUUCUUCACAGAUUUAUCACUUUCAUGGCUGAAAACUGUUGUUCCAUAG